AUGAACAACGACAAGCUCAGCAAGCUCCAAAACCAGGUCCGUAUUGGUGGCAAGGGUACUCCUCGUCGUAAGAUGAAGAAGACUACCAAGUCUGCUGGUCCUGAUGACCGUAAGCUCCAAAGCGCUCUUCAAAAGCUUGGUGUUCAACCCCUUGGUGGCAUUGAGGAAGUCAACAUGUUCAAGGAAGAUGGCAAGGUCAUCCACUUUGCUGCUCCCCGUGUCCAAGCUGCUGUCAACUCCAACACCUUUGCCAUCCACGGCCGUUCCGUUGAAAAGGAGCUCACUGAAUUGGUUCCCAACAUUUUGAGCCAAUUGGGUCCUGACUCUCUUGCUAGCUUGCGCAAGUUGGCUGAAGCCUACACCCAACAAGGUGGCGCUGGUGCCGCUGGUGAGGAUGAUGAUGAGAUCCCCGAUUUGGUCGAGAGCUUUGACAAGGCCGAAGUUGAGGACAAGAAGGAAGAAAAGCCCGCUGAGUCCACCGAGACCAAGGCCUAA